UAUUGCCGUCGACGUCAUUUUCAAUGCCCCUUCCGCCAGUUGCUCUGUUUCCAGUCUAAAAAUAAAUCAAUAACGAGCUGAAGCGCUCAUGGAUGGGCAAUUUCAAGCGAUGUUUGCUGUUUAGAUAUCAUUCCAAGUCGAUACUCGACAGAAACACAGUGUAGCGGUAACGAGGUGUCGCUUUUUCGCCAGUUUAAAACUGUUUACAAACUUCAACGCUAUUCUCGCGGUUCAAAUUAUCGUUGUUUGGAGGUGUCUUUAUGGCUUUCGCGUUUGGAGAUUCGUACCUGAAGCUUCCGCCAAUAACCCAAGAAAGCUCCGUUGAAAUCGACGGCGAAGACUCCAAGAGAAAUUUGGGGAUCGUUCGCGAUAAACAUGGCCUUGUGCGACUUCCUCCUAUCGUGCAGUUGGAUUCGCUUCGCUCCACAUCAACCGGCGCGCAAAGGUUUCGAAACGAAACCCAAACUGCAGCAUCAACCGAAAACGCCGAAGUUGCGAUGUCAACAUCACCAAUGAAUAUGGCAAACAAAGUGGAGAGUUUAAGGUUGCAGGGACGCUCGAAAAAACUUAAGAAAAAUAACAACAAGACCGAGGAUGAAAUGAAAUUAAUUAUGGAGGCAGCUGUCAAGGAAACCAGUGAAGACGAAACAAGUUUUUUUGACAGCGAAAAUGUUUCUCACGUAAGAGGGAAAGCAAGUCGCCAACGCUUAGGUUCACAAACUAGCAAUGACGAAUUUCUCCCUUUACAUAAAGAUUCGCUCUUGCCCCGCCGGGGAAGCAGCAUCUUUCAACCUACAAAGAAGUUAACAAGGUCGCGCAGGCUGGCAAAAUCUUCUCCUGAGUUAUCAAAUAGGAAGAAAAAUUUGCGACUUCUCGCCGAUGGAAAUGUCAGUGAGCGUUCUAUGUCUCCCCUCGUAGCAGGUUUUAUGCCAGUAGUCCGAUCGAACCUUUCAACCCGUCCACAGCUUGCCGUACAGGACAUCGACGGAUCAAAGCUUAAUUCUCGAGUACUGAAUAACGCUGAGAUUGAGGAAAAAACAAAAGAGCACGGCGGCAAACGCAGAAAUUACAGUAAUCAACGCUGGAAAACUGAUGUUGCAAAUUCACCACAGAGCACCCCUAGUUCACCGGUUUGCAGUGAAUCUGCUAACUCUGAGAUCAAGCAAAAAGGUCGAAAGUCAUUAAACGAUAUAACGGACGCAGAGCAGUUUGUUGACAGGCGGAGACCCUCUUUGAAAAAGCAAAAUCUAAUUUAUGAUGCCGAUGUCGAUGGACUAAAAAUUGAAGGAAAGAGCUGCUCUCAAAGUGAGAAAGAAUUGCAAAGAGGAGGUGCUCUGACAGAGCGCAACGUCAAUAUGUUAAACCCACCGAAAAACGAGGAAAAGAGGCAUUCAUUGUACGACUUGCAGCAAAUAUUAACCUUGCUGCAGAAGGAAGAUUUAAAGCGGCAGGCUUCCACCACGGCUUUAUCGUCUCGAAAUGCAAGCGCCGCCUCUAAUGCGAACGAGAGGGAACUCAGUGAGUCCGUUUAUGACUUAAGGGAGUUCCUGUUGAUGGCGGCGGCCGAAGCGUCCAACGCAGAGCAACUUAAGAAGACAACAACGAACAAAGUAAGCGCAAAUAACUCACAAACGAACUCAUCAUCGCAUCUUGUGCCUCCUGGGAGAGAGCGAGACGAUAGAAAAGGCUCAGUUUACGACCUAAUGGAGUUUCUCUCUCUCGGAAAUAUCAGCGAAACGGGCUCUGGAUCUACCAGCGAGAACUCUAGCCGUUCGACUUCGCCGCGAAUUUUAUUAACGCCGCAUGCCAGCUCUAGUUCAAAUGACUUGCUCUCCGUUGCCAACCGCAGCGAGGAAGCCAGGAGAACGUCUACUUACGACAUCAUGGAGUUUUUAUCUCUGCCGCGUUCCGGGGGUAAUUCGCGCCCUAAUUCAGGUCCUAGUAGCCCGGCUCUUCACAAGGAAGGGCCUAGCGCUGCAGAAAGCGACAUGAGCGAUUCAGGUACUGGCAAGGUUAAAGAGAAGCGAAGUGUGUCUGUAUACGAUCUGGAAGAAUUCCUGUCUAUGACAUCUGAUAUACCACCGCUUGCGCGAGUCACACCUUGGGAUGAAGAACAAACAACAAUUAGAAGCAAAACUGGUUUGAAUUCUGAGGAAGGUGCGAAAAGAGAUUUGCAACAGCCGAGAGGGUCAGUGUACGACCUGAGAGAAAUCCUGAGUGUGUUACAACAGGAAAAUGAGUAAAGAGGCGAAUCUACGUAUAAUUUACGCGAGAUGUUGUUUCAUUUUCAACGUGAAGCCGAAGAAACUGGUCAAUCUUCACCCCUGCAAUCGACCAAUUCAUCCGAGAAAUCUACGGUCGCUUCCUCCCCCGUAACUACAACGAACGAGAGCAGUGGCUACUCGACCGGUAAUGACCUAGCAGCAUCAACAAAUACAUCGUCAGCUACGGAUGUAACCGAGAAUAGUCGGCAAAUGUCUGUGUAUGAUCUUAGAGAGUUCCUUUCGCUUUAUGCCGCUCAACAAAACCCGUCGCCAACUCAUCAGCAACAGCUUUCAUCUGCAAGUUUAUCGAGGCGGAAAUUUUCCGGCGUUUCCCAAAGCGGUGUGAGCAUACUCGUCACUGAUGAAUCGAACAGAAGCAUCGACAGCGAAUUCUACGAAGAUGUUUUUCUACCAGUACCAGGUACCGAACCUAGUGGUGCGUCCCCCGAUCCAUCGCGAAAAAGAAGCUCUAUUUAUGAUCUCCGCGAAUUUUUGGGCAUUUUAAACGCAGACGAAUCUCCCUUGAGAAGACGAUUAUCUAGCGUGUCAUCUGCAUCGUCUAAAUCCAGCGAAAGUGAAUCAGAAUCAAAUUCUGCCAAAACUAAUGGCGCGUUAAAAUCAACUGGUUCGAGUCAGGGGAGGGAAAAUUCUUCGCGACCACAGCUGAACCCACGCCAGGAUUCCGGCGGGAGCCUUUCACUAUAUGACCUUGGCGAGUUUCUCUCGCUUUUGAACACAGACGAAUCUCCAUUACGAAGAAGGCUGUCCAGCACGAUGUCUUCUCAAGGGGAAAAGGGCACACGCACGCCGGUUCUUUCCAGAAGCGAUUCAGAAAAGGGACUGUACAGCUUAGAAGAAAUAUUAGCUGUUAUGAACGAGCUUGAGCAAUGGAAUAGCAGUAAAAACACGAGUGGGGAUAUCGAAGGCAAUGUUGGAGAAGAGAUCAGUAUUCAAGUCCCGACUUUACCGCCAAAAGCUGAUACAACAAACACACAAUCCCUCCCGCCGGGGAAACUUUUACAUCCUCAAAGAUCACUGAAAAGCGUCCCUGAGACUUUUGAAGUAAGAACCACUCAUUCAAAUUCGUGUUAGAGUUUCUCUGAAUUUUUAAAACAAUUAUACCGAUGAAGACGAAUGUUAAUUCUCUCUUUUAUUUCACUUCCUCUGUUUUGCGUAAUUGAGGCUAAGUUUCCAAGGCAAGUGAGAUCAGUAGAGACUGCGCUAUUUCACUACGGGAGGUUUUUGUAUAUAACAAAAUUUAAUUCCGCAUUAUUUGUAUGUUCGUCCGCCUGGUACUAACUGUGUUUUAUCCUCUGUAACUAAUAAAUAGAUUUGUUGGUUUAAACAGUCAAUGCACCCGAUGAGUUUAUACUCUGAACGGUAUUUUCAGCUGUCAACGAGCUGUAAAGGUGGCAAAUUUACAUAUAUGAACGCUCUUAAAGCAAAUUUGUCCUGUAGAUUAAUGACCAUUUAUUCGCGGAACUGAAACAGCACUCAACUACAAUGAGAAAGUCCAACAAUAGAGAGAUGAAAGUAAGAGUGCGUGAAACAGUUCGUAAAGGGGCUUAAAGCCGCGUUUUAAACGCGUUUGCCGCUACUGUUUUUUGAAAACCAUGAAACGGUUGGCCCAUGAAUUCAUAGUGCAUCGUACUUUUCUUAAAAAAAAAAUGAUUGAAACCUCAGGAUUUAAGUCUCGUUAGUGACAAUUAACCACAGAAACUAGCACUUUUCCCCAAAGCAAUUAGCGUCGAUUGGGACUUCAAACGUGCAAGAAUCGAAUUAAAAAUUUAUUUCUAGCGCUGAAAAUGUUUACAACUACCUUGAAACGAAAUUUUUGGCGAUAAUUGGAUUUAGGGUUUGAGCAGUAAGGUGUCAACGUUUCUUCUCAAAUGCUACUUUUGGACGCAAACUUUACCUGCUUUCGAGCGAUUGAUUUUGUAAUUCCCUUGCUGAAAAUACAAAGACAGUACAAAAAUAACUUCAAAGCAAAGCAUUUUAGUCUAGACCUCGGUUAGUUGUAAAUAAAAUAGGAAAUUUACCUUGUUGACGUGAAAGUUUCCUGGAUUAACCUUUCAAAGAGUUUUCAUUAAGCCCGAGGCUUUUUUCGAAUUCAACUUUGAUUUUGCCGUAGUGAGAAUCAAUGAUGAUGGGAAAUUAAACCGUGUCCGAUCUAACUUGCGAGGCUUUCUGUUUUGAAAUUUAUAGGUUCUUUGGCUGAUAGCGCGUUAAUUGGUAAUUUUUUGCAAGUCUUCUUUUGCGAAUUCAGUAAUUUUCUCUUGUUUUGCGGGGCGCAAUAUUUUUUGUUUCUGGAUGUCUAAAAUUUCUAUUGGGUGGUAUAUUUUCAUUUGCAGUGGGACCAAGAAUAAUUUUCGGGGAACGCGAAUGGAAAGAUAAGUACAUAAAAAGUACACAAAGCAUGAAAUGGAAGUACGUCUAUAAUUAAGUACUUACACAAAGUUAAAAAAAACCUACUUGUUAUGAUUGGUCACUUUUUUUACCGUAUUCUUUUCCGCUAAACCUACUAAAUUGCUUGAUUAAACUUAAUUUUAACGCAAUGAUAUAAGGUUAUUCGCUGAAGCCGAUAAAGUUUAAACUCGACUUGUUACAACAUCACAAAUAAUUUAUUUUACACGUUUACCCUAACUGCUGUUUGAAAUAAGUUCUGUUUGGAACCUUUUUUUUAGAUUUGAUAACGGCCUUAAUUUUUCUCGAAUUCGGGACUUAUAGUGUAUCAUAUGGUUUUAUUAAAGUCUGCACAAGAAAAGGGAUUUA